UUGUCACGUCGCCGCGCGUCGUUGCGGCCGAAGAGCUGCCAUGGAGCCGGGUCCGGACGCGCGGCCGCUCUGCCACAGCCUCGUGCUCUGGUUGCAGACAUUUAAUACUGCUGCACCCUGCAAAGAUGUCCAAGACUUGACUAAUGGUGUUGCCAUGGCACAAGUGCUUCAUCAAAUAGAUGUUGCCUGGUUUGACCAAUCAUGGCUAAGCCGUAUUAAAGAAGAUGUUGGUGAUAACUGGAGAAUUAAGGCCAGUAAUCUGAAGAAGGUUCUACAAGGAAUUAUGGACUACUAUCAUGAGUUCUUGGGUCAGCAGAUCUCCGAAGAAUUUCUUCCUGAUUUAAAUCAGAUAUCUGAACAUUCAAAUCUUACAGAGUUGGGGAGGUUGCUUCAACUUAUUUUAGGUUGUGCAAUCAACUGUGAAAGGAAACAAGAACACAUACAAAACAUAAUGACCCUAGAAGAAUCAGUCCAGCAUGUUGUUAUGGCUGCUAUUCAAGAGUUGAUGAGAAAAGAAAUAGUGGGUUCUGCCACAAAUGAUGGAUCAGGUGAAAUGGAGCAACAGCUUAAAAGGGCACUGGAAGACCUGCAGGAAGCACUUGCAGAAAAAGAGGAAUUAAGGCAAAGAUGCCAAGAACUAGACCUUCAGGUGGCUGCCCUUCAAGAUGAAAAAAACAGCCUGAUGUCUGAAAAUGAGGUUAUGAAUCACAAAUUAGAGCAGCUGGAUGAUUCUUUUGAUGAUCCAAACACUAUGUUCACAAAAAAGUAUGUCCAUGCACAGUUGCAGCUAGAACAACUGCAAGAAGAAAACUACAGGCUUGAAGCUGCAAAGGAUGAUUAUCGUUUACACUGUGAAGAUCUGGAGAAACAACUAAUUGAGCUGCAACAUAGAAAUGAUGAACUGACAUGCCUAGCAGAAGAAUCUAGGGCCUUGAAAGAUGAAAUUGAUGUUCUUAGGACUCUUGCAGAUAAGGAAAGUAAACUUGAGGCAGCAGUUGAAGUAUAUCGCAAAAAACUGGAGGAACUGAAUGAUCUUCGCAAACAAGUGAAGUCUCUGCAAGAUGCCAACAUGAUCUAUACGCACAAUAUAGUGAGUCUGGAGGACGAAUUGAAGAAGGCAAAUGCAGCGCGUGCUCAACUAGAAACAUACAAAAAACAGGUUCAGGAACUUCACAACAAACUUUCAGAAGAAUCCAAAAGAGCUGAUAAGCUAGCUUUUGAAAUGAAGCGACUAGAAGAAAAACAUGAGGCUUUAAUCAAAGAAAAAGACAGGCUGAUUGUACAGCGCGAUGCUCUCAAAGAGACUAACGAAGAGCUUCGAUGUUCACAGAUGCAGCAGGAUCACUUGAAUCAAGCAAAUGCAUCUGCUAUGAAAAGUCAUGAAAAUCUUGCUGCUGAAAUGUUGCCAGUGGAAUAUAGAGAAAUGUUUAUUCGACUGCAACAUGAAAAUAAGAUGCUUGUUUUACAACAAGAAGGAUCAGAAAAUGAACGUAUUGUAGAACUCCAGGAGCAGCUAGAGCAAAAGCAUCGGAUGAUGAAUGAACUAGAAACAGAAAAAAGGCUAAGCAAAGAGCGUAUCGGUGAGCUGCAGCAGCAGAUUGAAGACUUCCAAAAGACUUUGCAGGAGCAAGGAUCCAAAACUGAAGGAUCCAGCAAACUGAAGCAGACGUUAGCAGCACAGAUGGAAAAACUGAAUGAAGUCCAUGAGGAGUUGCAGAAAAAAGAGGCAGUUGUUGCAGCACUCCGGCCAGAUGGAAAUCAGAUCUCUAAAAAGAUUGAGGCACUAGAGGCAGCUUUGCGUAAAAAAGAUGAAGAUAUGAAAGCAAUGGAAGAAAGAUAUAAAAUGUACCUGGAGAAAGCAAGAAAUGUCAUAAAAACCUUAGACCCCAAAUUAAAUCCAGCAUCAGCAGAAAUUAUGUUACUGAGAAAGCAGCUAACAGAGAAAGAAAAAAGAAUUGAAGCUUUUGAGGCUGACUGUAAACUUGCCAAGCUGCGUGAUUAUGAAGAAAAGCUAAUUGUAUCUGCCUGGUAUAACAAGAGCCUGGCCUUCCAAAAACUCAGCAUGGAAUCCAGACUGCUCGGUGGCAGUGGUGCCUGCAGAGAUCCUCCUGGACGCUCCUUUCUAGCACAGCAACGGCAUGUCACCAACACCAGAAGAAGUCUUUCAGUUAAAGUACCUGGUGCAACAUCAGAUUAAAUUGCAAAAUAAAUGUCUACACUAAAGUGUCCUUAAAGAAAAUUUUGUAGCUUCCAUUUUAAGUACCUGACAAAAGAGGUAGUUGUGAUGCUGGGCAUCUAAUAUUUUAACAUCAAAGCUUAUUGGAUAUAUUGAUGUAUCUGGUCAGUGGUAUCUAAGAAGCAUUGUGUAACAACUUUCCUAGGUCAACAUAGGUUUAAUAACUGAAGUGUGUGUUUUACAAGCACAACUUUAAAGAUGUAUAUUUGUCUUCAGAGUAUAUUGUACAUAAAUACAACAAAUUGGCACUAUAUAUUUAAAAUUAUAUUUAAUGUUUUCAGUCUAGAACGUUGAAGACUGAUUUUUAACAGAAGAAAAAUUUUAUGAUGAAUCAUACUUCAGAAAACUUUCAACACUAGGUAUUUUUGUGCAGUUCUUGAUAAUUAAAAAAAAACAACCAGUAGUUCGGCUGGAGGAGUCCAGAUUUUUAAAAUUGUGCAUUUGCAAUUCAGAUUGAUUUUUUGGCUUGCAAAACAGGUUAGUUUAGUGACUGGGAUUUAACUUUUAUGAGAGAAGACAUAUUUGUCACAAUCUCAUUUUGUCCCAAGGCAGAAGGAUUUUAUUUAUUUUAAAUGAUUAAACCAUUUAAACUUGUGUGUAUUCUGACUAAAGAAAACCUGUUUUUGCGGUGUUGAAUUCACUAAAAGCAAAAAAAAAAAAAAAUCCAUCUUCAUUUAUGAAAUAGUUCUGUUUUUAAGAAACAAAACAAAGCCCAAACUUAUCUUUUUAAAAAUUUGCUGUAGGUUUCUUUUUCUUUUCUUUUACUAUAUUGUUCAUUAGGUGGAGCCAUGCCCUCAUAUUUAUUUAAUUCAGUUAAACAUCACGCCACAUAGAACUUGAUCGUUCUCAUUCUUUAGUUACGUAUUUUCUGUUUAGUUACUCUGCGCUGGUACACCAACUGCGAAGCGGGUAGGCCUUCUUUUUUAAUUGAUUAGCAGCAUAGGCUGUUCAGCCUGGAAAAAGUUCUGAAGCUGCACUAUAUCUAGUAUCCCAUACUGCUGACGGUGAAAAUGGGAUUGGUGCGAAAUUCAAUUUUUGUUUUUUAUCAUUCCCCGCAGCACUUAAGUUGACAUUUUGUAUAAAAAUGUCUUUUUGCAUUAAGAGUGUAUUAAAAAAGCACUUUUUAAAAAAAACCUAUAGUUUGAAUUUUCUGUGAUGCUUCACAGACUGACUAAACCAGUUGAGCACGUGUGGUAAAAUAACACAGUAAAUAAAAUUGCUUACCUGCAUGUAGUUCAUUAUAGUAAUUGCAAUCACCUGCACGCAUAAAAACAAGUGUUUGUGUGUCUUCAACGUUAAAGCCAUCUUCGUAUGAAAGUUGGGCUCAGGUCUGCUUUGCAAAAUUAAAAAAUCGUCCUAUUGUUGAGUUUGUAAUGAAAUGUGAACAUUAAAUGGCCUCACAGAUCAUUGGAUAAUUUACACGAAUUUAAAAGCUUAUUCCUUGACAUCUUGCUGCUGUAUGGUCCUGAGAUUGAACUGGGCCUCCUGCAUGAUGCGGCAGAAGAAGGAUAAUUAUCCAUUAUUAGUGUUCUUUAAAAGUAUUUCUUCAAAAAAGUGUGUUGCUCUGGUUACAGUAUUACAAAUACAGGCACUCAAUUUAAAUUUCCUCCUAAAAUGUUUCACGGAAAGCUUUAUUUAAAAUCGAAUCCGAUUCUAAUUGUACUGUUCCUGUGAUCAUGUAAAACACUUGUUGGGUAAUUUGUGUCUUUCAUGUUCUGUUUGGCAGGACUCUGCUUCUUUUGACUACCUCUGGGAUUUUGAAGUCUUUUGCUGAUGUAUUGAUAUUGCUAUUUUAUGUUUGGUAUGUUUUUAAGCUUUGAUUGCCUGCUAAUCUUAUUCAGAUGAGAGGGUAAGGGAAGGGACUUCAGCAGCUGUCGUAACACAAUGUUUGUGUUUCAAAAGUGGUACUUUGGCAUGUUCUCGGCCAGAGUAGGACAAAAUUAUUACUAAUAGCAUUGUAGGUAUUUUGUUCCUGUAUUUCUGCACAUAACUCUUAAAAGAUUUUCUUCUUGAAGCAUUUGUCUGGACUGUUGUCUUGAUGCACUCUGUCAUACUGUAUUAUACUAGAAAUGCAAUGCUAAUAUCAAAAGUCAAGUACUAGUAAAAAUAGAACUUUUCAAUAAAUGCCUGUAAUUAAAACUUUUCAAAACUGCAGACCUAAGUACCAAAACACUGAGUACAGAUAAUGGUGUUUUUACUUAUCUGAAGCUAUGCCUUCUAAGCACUAAAAUUUCACGUAGGUAUUCAAAGACAGGUGGUGAUGUCAGGGAAUGGUUAUCCAUAAUAAUGCCCAUGCCUAUUUCAGUGAGGUGUCAGAUGAAAAUUACCUGAGUUAGAAUUAUUGAAAUAAGUAAAACUCUAGGCACGUGACUAUUAGUUUUAUUUAGCUUUUUUGAAGCCUAGUAAGAAAAUAAUUUUCACAGGACUGUUGAAACCUCCUGUGAGUGGCAGAGAAGAUUAGGAAGAGAAUAUUCAGGAUGAUCUAUUAACAAACUAUACAUUUCCACCUUUGUUAAGUUUGUGCAGGAGGUACAGUAACAAGGAUUUAAAAAAUAACUUUUGAUUUUGACUGUGUUCUGAGAACGUGUAUUCUUGGCAGACCUCCUUCAAAAUAUUUAAUGGCUUAGAUUUGAAUUGCUGAACUGUGUGUGUUUGGUUUUGUUCUCAGAUUUUCAUCAUAUGGAGAGUUGUUGGAUUACUGAUUAUUGUUGGCAUGAUACAGAGAGGGGGAUAUUUGUAUAUUAUAGCAAGAAUAACUCAUGUCACACCCAGAUGUCACAGUUAUGAAGGCAUGCAGAUUAUUGAGAUAAUUGAAUAUUGUUCUGUUUCUUCGUAUAGCUAAGAGUGUUGGAAGGCAAUAACUCUGUGAUUAAUAGGUAAUAAAGAGCCAAUGAAGAGGAGAAAAAGUCCUUGUUUUUAAUUACCACUUCAAGGAUAGACAUUCUGGCUGGGGUGGGUUUGAUUUUACAUUAUAAUAAGAUUUGUAUGGGAUUAACUGACGAAAACUAUUUUGAACCUGGCUGUUCAGGUUGGUCUCUGUUAAUAAUCUUAAUUUGGGAUUAUUAGAUUUCUCAUGCUCCAGGGUUCAUAAGAGAGCAGUUUUGAGAAGUUUCUUUUAACAUGUAUUUUAUUAGCAUGAGUCAUUCAGUAAAAAAAUUAACAAAGCUUUCCUCUGCAUUUGUUGUUCUGCAAGAAAUAUGUCAAAGUAUUCCAUUUUCUGUUGUAAUCACUUGGGAAAAACUACUUCAAGCAAUACUGAUGUUUUAAGUAGCCCUAGCAUGCUUAGGGGAUUUUUAAAAAGAUUAAAAUAACCUGUCAGUUUAAUUGUCAUGGCUGGGAAGUAAUUUUUAAACCUUUUGGUCUUCUUUCUACUGAUCUGCCAGGUUUGAGGUUUUCAGUGUGUCGAUGUCUACUUCCUUUGUUUAAAACAAAUGUAAAGACUGUGUUACUGUGUAGAACUGGAAGAAUGUUGCACUACUUUUUAAACUCCGGUUUUAUUUUGUCUUUGGAAAAUAAUCUUUUAUAUUCACAUAAAAAAAUUCAAAUGAA